GUGGUAAUCUCGACGGCAACUAACCCAUUACUUAAUCGCAUGCACUAGUCUCGCUCUGUGCACAUGGAAAAUUCAGCAGCCAAGGCAGCGCAUUGUGACCACAUCUGCAUAUUGCAUACAUAGCCGCCGACAAUACCUGCUGCAGCUGCAGCACCAACGCAGAGUAGAAAGGCAGGUUUCUGCAAGUGAUGGCUGGCCUGCCUGUCUGCCUGCCUGCGGGGAGUCAGGCGCACUCCGUGCUGCGUUUGUAUAGUCCUCGCGCACGCACUUCCGCAUAUUCGAAUGACUUUGCUGCUGCCUGAGGUGAUCUUCACUUUUGGCGUCAGGCAGCCAGGAUGCGACGUCGAAUAUCUUGGGCUGAGGAUGCACGCUGACUGACGACCCCUCCACACCCGUCCUCUAUUAUCGAGACUCGCGGAUAUCCAAUACUCACACCGCAAUCAUUUUGCUUGUUCUUCAGCCGGCUGGAACGACUUCAAGUACAUCAUGAAGAGUUGGAACGGGCUGGAGGAUGCGACGGCGCCGGUCAAGCCUGGACAGACCCCGACGCGGUGGCGUGCGCUGCUCUCUGCGACUUUCGUCACACUCGUGUGCCUCGCGGCAGUGGAUACCAUCUUCCCUGAAUUGAAAAACUGGGAUCUGUCAUCAUUUUUAGACAUUGAGCCUGCGUUGCAUGAUGCUGCUUUUGAGUGGUCCGAGAUCACUCCGACUAAACAUUUGGAAUUCCACAAGUGCCAUGGCAAAUUUGAAUGCGCAAAACUGAGCCUGCCACUGGACUACUUCAAUGGAACUCACCCUGAUCAUACUGUUAGCAUUGCUAUCGUCAAGCUACCCGCCAGAGUAUCCGUGGAUGAUCCCCGCUAUGGUGGCCCGGUCUUGUUCAACCCUGGCGGUCCUGGAGGAUCCGGUACAGCAGUUGCGCUCUUCUUAGCAGGAGGGCUACAACAGAUCAUAGACUCUAAUGUUGAGACUCUAGCCCCCUCGGUCGCCGCAAGAUACUUUGACGUUAUCGGCUUUGACCCUCGCGGCAUCGGUUGGACAGAGCCAGUCGCUCGAUGCAUGCCAAACCAGCCUUCUUCGUGGUCUUGGAGUUUGAGGGAAGAGACCGAAGGCCUUGUCGGAAGCUCGGAUGCAGCUCUUGGUAGACUUUGGUCCAUGGAACAUGCCUUUGGCGCAUCCUGUAAGCUUGCUGAAGAGGAACAGGAGGGGCCGGAUAUCAAGCAAUACAUGUCUACGGCGUUCGUUGCCAGAGACAUGUUGGAGAUCACCGAAAAGCAUGCAGAAUAUGUGGCGAAAGAAGUCGCUCAAAGGGCUGCGCAGAAAGCUGGCAAGCGUCUUGGAUGCCACAGCUCCAGAUAUGUUCCCGGAGAAAGCAAGCUACAGUACUUGGGGUUUUCCUACGGAACUUUCCUUGGAUCCACGUUUGCGUCCAUGUUCCCCGACCGUGUCGGACGCGUCAUUCUCGACGGGGUCGUGAGCUCGUACGACUACACACACUCGUUGGGCAACGGAAGUCUUACAGAUGUCGAAAAAGCCAUGGCCUCUUUUUACACCUUCUGCUACAACGUGGGUUCUAGCGAGUGUCCGUUAGCCACUAUAAACUCCAGCGUUCUCGAUAUCGAAGAGCGCACACAAAACAUCAUCGCAUCGCUAUACCACAAUCCGCUUCCCAUCGUCUCGGCACAAGGCCCAGAAUUCCUCACUUGGUCCGACAUCAAAUUAAUUCUCUUCAGCGCUACCUACCAGCCGCGCCUCGCGUUUGGCUUCAUAGCCGCAAGUCUGUUCGCCAUUGAACAAGGAGUCGGUAGAGAAAUCAACGACAUCGCCGAAUCCUUGCGCUACAACCACGUAUUUUCCUGUCCUGUCGAUAGCAUCAAGCCACUCGAACCACCAGCUUCCCCUGUAGCCACUACAGCCAUCCUAUGCAGCGACGGAAUCGAUCAAACCCAUCUGACUAAAGAAGAAUUCGCCGCAUACUGGGAAAUCAUGGAUGAUGUUUCGCCGAACUUCGGUUCCUACUGGUCUAUGCUACUGAUGCAAUGUGCAUCUUGGAAGAUCAAGGCCAGCUACAAGUUUGACGGUCCUUGGGGCGCCAAUACAUCGCAUCCUAUCCUCUUCAUCAGCAAUACCGCGGAUCCUGUCACCCCUCUUCGCAGCGGGCGCUAUAUGCAUAGUUUGUUCCCCGGCAGCAGCCUCAUGAUUGGCGAUCAUGCGGGGCAUUGCUCCAUGUCGGCGCCUGACCCAUGUAUCCUGAGUCGUGUGAAUACGUACUUUCAGACGGGUGAGCUGCCGUCACCAGGGACGGUGUGUGUGCCGCCGCCUAGUGAGUACAGUCUCAACUCGACGGAUCCAGAUAGUCCGUUCUACGACCCUACCUUGGGAAGUGCGAAUGUGGUUGCUAUGCAGGAGGAUGGAGAAAGUUGGAUGCGGCUACGCGAUGCUGGUGAGUUGUUCCAGAAGCAGGCUGUUGCGAGUGGUAUGUUUGGUCCGAACCUUCCGGGCGGUUCAAGGGCGAAGCGGGUAAUGCAAAACAUCUUGAGGACUCGCUAUCAAGUUUAGAGUAGGUAUGGUUGUAUGGACAUACUUUCUUCUAUCUCGAAGUUCCGAGUGGCUUCUGUGAAUAUAUGCCAUCCUUGAACAGGAAUAACGCAACCAAAGCUCGGCAUCGCGCACAUGAUACUCUAUUUCCAAGAUGAAAUCAUCCAAG